AUGACUUCUCCAUUUGUUUUAGUGAAGAUUCUAAAACUAUAUCAAAAAGAAUAUUAUGAUGAAUACGUUUUACCUUUAUUACGUAAGCCAAAAAUAACAUUUGAUAUAAAACUUGAUGACUCGUUUUUGAUAACAGAUAUUAGACGCAAGGCUGAAAAUCAUCAGUAUAAAAACAGUUCUGAAGUAAUUGAGGAUUUAUCACGUGUAAUCCGUUUUGUAGAUUGUGGAAAUAAAUAUUUCAUUCAAAAGGAUUACAACAUACACGACAAAAUGAAUCAAAUAUCAUUCGUUCUUCAAUCAGCCAUGAAAGAGUCACUCAAAAUGAUUAAAUUAUUUAAAGAAGAAGGUAAAACAAUAACAGCAUGGGACGUACUACUAAAUCAAUUGUCUUCAUUAACCGUUAAGGGUGUUUGCUUUAAAUCUGAUUCCCCAGAUGUUUUCUCAACGUUUCAAGGUUAUAAAUACAACGUUCUUGAAAAACCAGAUUACUCAAAAAUUGAGAUGUUUAUGAAUUUCAUUAAAGAAGCCAUUUGUGAUAAUAACGAUGAAGUGUAUAAAUACCUUCUCGGCUGGAUUGCAUCAAUGAUUCAACAUCCUGGUAUCAAGAAUGAAACAGCAAUUAUUUUGAAAGGACUUCAGGGAACAGGCAAAAACAGAUUUACAGACAUUAUUUCUGAACUUCUCGCCGGUUAUUCAUGUAAAAACAUUACCGAAAUAGGUGAGCUAACGGGUAAUUUCAAUUCAGUAGUUGAGAAUAAAAUGUUUCUUGUACUUAAUGAACUCAAGAAUGUUGGUGAAGACAGACUCGCAAACUUCAACGCUUUGAAAUCAAUUAUAACAGAUAAUGAGAUAAGAAUUAAUGAAAAGAAUCAACCCAGAAGAACUGCUCAGAACGUUGCAAACUUCAUUUUGGUAACUAAUAACGUCUACCCUGUCAAAAUUGAAGUUGGAGACAGAAGAUACGUAGUUUUAAGAGUUAAUGGUAAAUUCAAGGGUCAAUUUGAUUAUUUCAAGAAUUUGAUGAAUUCAUGCACUAAGGAAUUUUAUGAUAAUUUACUGACGUAUUUUAUGCAAUAUGACCUUUCAUCAUUUAAUGUACGAAUCAUACCGAUGACUGAAGCCAAACAAGAUUUAAUAGAAUUAUCAACAAAUCCUUUAGAUGUAUGGAUAAAUACACAUUAUGAUGAAUUGUGUGCAGGUAUGACGUGUAAAAAUGCUCUAUUCUGCAAACCAUCAGACAUGAAAGACAAAAACUUUCAAAUGAGCAUUAAGGAUAAAUGUGAUAGGAAACAGAGAAGAAUAGAUGGUAAACAAACAUGGUGUUAUGUUUUGAAAGAAGAAAUGAAAGGAUUAUAUAAACAGGUUGAACCAAACGAUAAUGAGGAUUCAUUUACUGAUGAUGAAAUACCUGUAAAUGAAGCUUUAUAA